CUAGUGCGGGUGGGGAGACGAGGGAGGCAGUAGGCAAAGGCACCACGAGCCGCUGCAGAGACAGGGACGGGGCUCCCUGACUUGUUCGAGCUGCCUGGGCGGGAAAGAGAAAGCGAGUUGGUGCGAGUGCAGAGCAAAAAGAGGAAAAAGAAAGCCCGGGCUCGGCUUUGGAUUCUUGCGGGGGCGACCGGUUUUCUGCUCUCGAGGCUCCUCGCCGCCGAAGCCGCGGCCUUUCUUCCAAUCCACCGGGGUGGCGCCGCCGCCAAUCUGUGUUGAUAUCUGAACCCUGCUUUUGGGCAUUUUAGUGGUGGCGAAGGAUCCAAUAGAAUUCCAGUUGCUGCUUUGAAUGGUCUGGUGGUUGGGAGAUGGAUCGCAGGAGUUGGCUCUGGAAGCGCAAGUCCUCAGAUAAGAGCCCUGGGGAGAGCGAUAGCUCUGGUUCAUUGUCGUCACAUUCUGAGCCUUACUUCGAUGAUCAGGAAGUCAAACCUGUUUCCAGUAUUUCUUCCCCAAAUCAUAGUCAUUCACCUGAAGUUUCUUCAAGGAUGAUGACCGAUGAUGAGACUCAAGAAGCUGGAACAACAAAAUCAUUGAAUGAGAAGCUAUUGUUGGCAACUAUCUUAAAUGAUUCUUCUCCACAGCAUGGCCAGUCACCACAGCCAGAGGUGUGCCAGUCACCACAACCAGAGGUAUCCCCAGUUGUCCAGGAUUCUGUAAAGAGUUUGAAUGAGAAAUUGUCCCCAAAGGUCAGGGAUGAUGAUGUCCAGGAUUCUGUAAAGAGUUUGAAUGAAAAAGUGUCCGCAAAGGUCAGGGAUGAUGAUAUCCCGGAUUCUGUAAAGAGUUUGAAUGAGAAACUGUCUGCUGCUCUUCUGACUAUCAAUGCUAAAGAGGACUUGGUAAAGCAGCACACAAGAGUUGCAGAAGAGGCUGUUGCAGGUUGGGAACAAGCUGAAGCUGAAGUUGCUUCCCUGAAGCAGCUACUUGAAACUGCAUCUCAGAAGAAUACCUCCCUGGAGGAUCAGGUCAGCCACCUAGAUGAUGCCCUUAAAGAAUGUGUAAGGCAGCUUCGCCAGGCACGAGAAGAACAAGACAAGAAAAUACGUGAUUCAGUUGCCAAGAAGUCAAAAGAAUUGGAGUCAGAGAAGUCUGAGCUCCAGAACCAUAUUGCCGAACUGAGUAAGCAGCUGGAAGCCACCAAAGUAGAAGCUACUGCCAUGCAGGUUCAGCGCGAUCUGCAGGAAAAGCUUCAGAUAGUGGAGAAAGAAAACAAAGACCUCAAGGUUGAGCUCCUCACACUGUCCAAGGACCUGAAGAUACUUGCACGGGAAAGAGACCUGAGCAACCAGGCAGCAGAGACAGCAAGCAAACUUCACCUGGAAAGUGUGAAAAAGAUUACAAGAGUUGAGGCAGAAUGCCUUAAGUUGCGUCAUCUAACACGGCGAACAUCCUUGGCCAAUGAUUCAAGGCCUAUAGCCAACAGUGCUUGCAUGGAAUCUCAGACUGACAGUCAAUCUGACAGUGGGGAGCGCAUGCUAGUUGUUGAUGAUGAAAUGAAAAAUUCCGAUUCGUGGGCAUCAGCUCUGAUAGCUGAACUUGAUCAAUUCAAGAAUGGCAACUCUGGCGCAAUAAAUCUCGUGAACAAUCCUGUUGAGAUUGACCUGAUGGAUGAUUUCCUCGAGAUGGAAAGGCUGGCUGCAUUACCUGAAUCAGACCGUGUAAGCUCUAGCUUCGGAGCUGAAACUGAUUCUGACCAAGGUGUGACUACAGAUAAGUCAUCAAAAGUCGAAACUGAGUCAUUGAUGCGUCAGGUGGCAGAUUUGCACGGAAAGGUUGACAAAAUUGAAGUUGAGAAAAGGGACCUUGAAAUGGCCCUUGCAGAUGCCAAAGAUCAGCUUGGCACAUCAUGUGAAGCUCUAAUGGUGGCCAACAACAAGUUGGUCGAGUUGCAGAUGCAGUUGGACUUGGCAAACGAGUCCAAACAUGCUGCUUUAGGACAAGCUGAACGACUGAAUGGUGAGAGGAAAGAUUUGGCAUUGCAAUUGGAGUCUAAGUCUGCACAAGUUGAGGAGCUUCAGCUGAUGGUGGCGUCACUGGAAGAAAAGUUAGACAGGAAGGAGUUGGAAUUGCAGUUAGAGUUGAUUUCUGCGGAGGCUGCAGAUCUUCGCAAGACAGUGACUUCCUUGGAAGAGCAGAUUGAUGCGGAGAGAAUUCUUUCGAUGCAGCACAAAGCAAAUGCAGACAUGGCAGAGGCCUCUAAAGAAUCAAUGGAGGCACAGCUGCGGUCUGCAAACACAGAAAUUGGGAAACUGAAUGGGAUCAUGCAAACUUUGGAGAGUGAGGUGCAGAAAGAGAAGGCGUCUCGUGAAGAACUUUUGGAACAGAUAGAGACCAUGAAGAUUGAAUCAAAGAGAUCACUUGCUUCAGCGUCUACCAAAGAGUCAUUAGAGGCGCAAUUGCAGGUAGUGAACUCAGAAGUUGCAAAACUGCAUGGGACAGUGAAUGCGCUGGAGUGUGAUGCAGCAAAAGAGAAGGCAUAUUCCUCAGACCUCCAGAUGCAACUAGAGGCAGUGGAAGGCAUCAGGAAGGUGUUGGAGUCUGAACUUGAGUCUUCACACCAGGAGACCAUGAAGCUCCGGGAGAAGGUUUCGUUGUUGGAAGUAAGGCUUAAGGACCAGACCUCGUUGCUUGUAGAAUUUACUGCUAAAUCAGAGGACGCAGUGUCCCGGAGAAAGGCAAUGGAGGGUCAACUUGAAGCAGCAAAUCUGGAACUCACAAAACUGAGAAACAGGAUCAGCCUGCUACAAGGGAAGGUUGAGCAGGAGAAGCUUCUGUCAGAAGAGUACGAAGCAAAAUGCCGCAAGCUGGAGGCUCAGCUGUCCAGGGACAGCCGAGAGGCGAAGCUUUGGCGUCUCUCUAACUCAAACGGCGACCUGAAGGUCAAGCAGGAGAAAGAGCUAAGCGGUGCUGCUGGGAAGCUUGCGGAGUGCCAGAAGACCAUUGCUAACCUUGGUCGCCAGCUGAAAUCACUAACUGACAUCGAUGGUGUUGUGACGGAUCAUGAAGAUCUGGAACCCAAGGACACACACCUUGACUUCAGAGAUGGCGACGAUGGCCUGCUUUCUGCAGACAUGGCUGACGGUCUGCACGAACUGGGUCUUCCUAAGAGAAAUGGGAGCUGCUUCUCACCGAUUCGGCCGAAUCCAUCCUCGUCCCCACCCUCGGGAUCGCCGGUGUUCUCAGGGAAUCUGACGUCUCUUAGUAGCUACCUGAGCAAAACAAAAAAUCACCAUUCUUCCUGCACCCAGCUCUGCUUCGCUCGUCCAUCCCAUCCAUCCAUGGGCCUCUUCAGCUCGCCGGCCAAGGUCUACAAGCCGGCGGCCGACGUCGACCUCGGCCCGGACAGCGACGAGCACUACAUCAGCCCCAACGUCAAAGCUCCUCGCGUCGCAGGGCUCCUGGUGAAGCUGCUGGCCUGGGUGCUGGAGAUGCCCGUCGUCGGCUGGAUCGUGCUCUCCGUCCUCAAACGCGACAACCUCGUCUACAAGCUCGUCUCCGACGCCGAGAUCCCGGAGCCGCCGCUGUUCACGGCCACCCACACCUGGCAAGACAUCCCGGAGCAGAACGUCAGGCUGACGAAGCCCGGCCUGCCGCCGCCGGAGCGCGUCCAGGAGGCCGUCGUCUGCCUCACUGCUCCCCUGCCGGAGCCGGCGGCGGCGCUCGCUGAUCCGUCGCCGGGGUUCAGGCGCUGGACGGUACGGGACUUCCACGAGGCCUACAGCUCGGGGCAGACGACCCCUGUCAUGGUGGCGCGGAGGUUCUUGGCGGCGGUGAAGGAGUGCUCCGGCCCGGAGGUGAACAUGGCCUUGUUCAUCAGCUGCGACGCCGCCGACGUGAUGCGGCAGGCCGAGGACUCCACACGCAGAUACCAGCAAGGGGCGCCGCUGUCGGCCAUGGACGGGGUGCUGGUGGCGGUGAAGGACGAGCUGGACUGCGCGCCGUACCCGACCACGGGCGGGACGCGGUGGCUGGCGGCGGCGCGGCGGCCGUGCGGCGCGGGCGACGCUGCGUGCGUGGCGCAGCUGCGGGCAUGCGGCGCCGUCAUGGCGGGGAAGGCCAACAUGCACGAGCUCGGCGCCGGGACCAGCGGCAUCAACCCGCACCACGGCGCCACCAGGAACCCCUACUGCCUCGCCAGGGUCUCCGGCGGUUCAUCGGGCGGAUCCGCCGCCGCAGUCUGCGCAGGGCUAUGCCCCGUCGCCCUCGGCGCCGACGGAGGCGGGUCCGUGCGCAUGCCAGCGGCGCUCUGCGGCGUCGUCGGAUUCAAGCCCACCGCCGGCAGGCUCUCCAACUCCGGGCUGCUUCCUCUGAACUGGACGGUCGGCAUGCCGGGGAUCCUGGCAGCAACCGUCGAGGAUGCGCUCAUCGCUUAUGCGGCCAUUGUUGAUCAGUCUAAACCAAGUCAUUUACAGCCUGAACUGAACCUGCCAAUGCUGACGUGUACGAGAUCCAUGCCUAACAUCAGGCUAGCCAAAUACGCAAAGUGGUUUGACGAUUGCUCCGAGGACAUCAGGAGCCUCUGCGGCAAGGCCCUCCAGAUGCUGCGAACGCAGUACGGUUGGGAGUGUGUGGACGUGACUGUCCCUGAGAUCGAAGAGAUGCGUCUGGCGCACUACGUGACGAUGGGCUCCGAGUGCACGGCCUCCCUCGCUAAAUACCUCGACAACAUGAGCAAGUCUGAGAUCGGGUGGGACGUGCGGAUCGGCCUGAGCGCCUACCGAUCCUUCAGCAGCAGGGACUACCUCAACGCGCAGCGCCUCCGGAACCGUCAGAUGUUCUUCCACAACAAGAUCUUCGAGACCGCCGACGCGAUCGUGACGCCGAUGACAGGGGUGACGGCGUACCCGCUGCAGGAGGACGCGCUGGGCACCGGGGAGCUCGACUACAUCAACGGAGCUGCGCUGGUGCGGUACUCGAUCGCGGGCAACUUCCUGGGGCUGCCGGCGAUCACCGUGCCGGUGGGGUACGACACGGGAGGGCUCCCCGUCGGGCUGCAGUUCAUCGGCAGGCCAUGGUCGGAGGCGACGCUGCUGCACCUCGCCUACGCCACGCAGGAGGCCUGCGCCAGGGAGCACCGCAAGCCCAAGGUGCACUACGACCUCCUCCUCAGCAAAGAGUACUAGCCUUCAGUCUUCCACGCAGUUGGGAUCGACGAUGAUCCAACAGGUGUAUGGUGAAAUUGGUCAGUGAUUUAUUUGUUGACUGGCAGUACAAAGAAAAAAGAAACUGUGGGUUGCGAUUAUGAGUGCAUAAUUAUUGUUUUUGUGCCGGGAGAGCAGUGCCUCUCUUUUUUCGUCCAAAGGGGGAAAAACUACUGUAUCGACAGAUUCUUGGGUGCAAUUGAAACUCUUUUUAGGACA